ACCCACAACAACCAAGACGAAUAACCCAAACCCACAGGAAUCAAGAUAUAUAGACCAACCCCAAGUGACCCCUGUUGCACCAUCACGGCAUUGAAGGAGGUCACCACUUAUCAGUAGAGGAAAGGAAGACAAACCCACCUACAGGAAUCACGAUAGACUGACCUGACCCCUGUUACACCCCGACCAUCACCACGUAUAGUAUCAGUAGAGGAAAGAAGGCAAACCAACACAGUUACCAAGACAGACUGUUAACCUGUACCACCACCAUCACCACCGCCACGUGUCCUAGAGCAGUGGUUCUUAACCUGGGUUCGGUGAGCCAGUCUCGGGUUUGACGAAGACCCUCCCGAAAGACAUUGCAAUUUUGAAGCAAUUUUUUUUCUUCAUACUUGAGAGGUUCGGCUACUGUGCGGAGGUUUCAUUGGGGUUCGGCGCCUCUGAAAAGGUUAAGAACCACUGUGGACCUAGAGGAAGACCAACCAACGUGCAGGAACACAGACAGACACACUCCACCUCCAUCACCACCGCCACCACUUGUCUACCCCGCACCCUAAAAACGCGAGGGUACAGUGCGUGAGUCAAGGCCGAGGGGUGAGGCGCUUGGCACUUCCCAGCGGCAGUGAUCGACCCACCGGCGCCAUGACCACCUACAGGAAGGAAGGGAAGGAGCAGCACGCCCUUCUCCACCCGGCCAGCAAGCUUCAGAAUGAGUACUGGGCGCGGACCAACUGCCUGCUCGGGUUCACGGUUAUCUCCAUUCUGAUUGGCUGUGUCGCGCUGGCCAUAUCCAUCCUACUACUGCUGCAGAGCUUCGAGUUGGCGGGGCUGGAGAAUGCCAAGGUGUCGGAGCUGGAAAUGCGUGUUAAGUACCUGGAACGCCUGACCGAGAGCUUGCAACCACAGGAGGGAAACAACAUUGACCAGCCAUUUAACAUGAAGGGCGCACCACCAGCAGCACCGCCAGCACCACCAGCAGCACCGCAACCCCAAACACCACCACCACACGUACCCCAACAACCACCACCACCACCACCACGGACUCAACCCAUCCCAGACAACCACGUAGGAGAAGUAAACGAAGAAGAAGAGGAGUCCCCCAUUGAAAAGGGUACAGAGAACGAGGCACCGGUUGAGGAUACGGACAUAGGGAUCCCUCGACGGCCGUAUCCCCUCCCUCCACUCCUUCCUAUUGACGAUGACGAGGACUCCGACACUGGGUAUGAAGGCUCCGGUGAUGACUGCCCCCAGAACCCACCUCGCCCGAUCUGCCCAAUAACGAUGCAAGUCUGUAAAACGAAGGAAAGAUGCCCAAAAUACGUGUGCUGUAGGUAAGAUUUGAGAGAGAGAGAGAGAGAGAGAGAGAGAGAGAGAGAGAGAGAGAGAGAGAGAGAACCGGUUUGACUGCAGUACUAUAUGAACCCAAAUUUAGGUUGUAGUAGUAGUAGUAGUAGUAGUAGUAGUAGUAGUAGUAUAUGGAAAUAAGAAAAAAAAUAUUGAAUUUCUUAUGUGAUUUGAGUGUGUGUGUGUGUGUGUGUGUACGUGACCUUUCCUAACCUGCCCUAAUGUACACACAAACAGGUAGAUAACGAGGCUUUUUUUAACAUGCUCCCAAAGGUCACUAACAUCUGGGCAGGACACCUUUGAUUAAGUCUGGGGUCAAGGUGAAGUGAGGUCAAGAUGAACGGCAACAGGUGUUAAAUAAUCGUUCAUGUAGCAUUUAAGAACCUCGAUGCGACGCUGCUGAUUGUCGGAACCCAAAGGAAGGGAUUGGAAUGUAUGAUAACUGUGAUUGACGCUUAUUGGAGGCUAAACAUAUAUGCUGACUUACCUCUGUUGUCAUGUACAGUAUUACCAUUAUUAUUACUAUUACUAUUACUAUUACUAUUACUAUUAUUAUUAUUAUUAUUAUUAUUAUUAUUAUUAUUAUUAUUAUUAUUAUUAUUAUUAUUAUUAUUAUUAUUAUUAUUAUUAUUAUUAUUAUUAUUAUUAUUAUUAUUAUUAUUAUUAUUAUUAUUAUUAUUAUUAUUAUUAUUAUUAUUACUAUUACUAUUACUAUUACUAUUACUAUUAUUAUUAUUAUUAUUAUUAUUACACCCCCCUUCACAAACAACACAAAUACACCCAAAAUAUCCCCCUGGUAUAACAUUUUCAUUAUUGUUUUGUAUUUUUUUUCUAAUAAUGAUAUAAUGAUCUAUUCACACGAGAGAAAGAGAAAUAUAUACAGACUUACCUUUAUUGUGUUCUAUUAUUAUUACCAUUAUUAUUAUUAUUAUUAUUAUUAUUGUGUUCUAUUUUUUUCUCUUUCCAGUAAUGAUAAGGCUUGUAAUAAUGUUAAUAAAUCUAAUGAUAAUGAUCUAUUCACAUGACGAGAAAGAGAGAAAUAUAUGAUUUUUAUUAUUAUUAUUACCAUUAUUAUUAUUUUCAUUAUUGUUUUCUGUCUAUUUUCUCUUUCCAGUAAUGAUAAGGCUUGUAAUAAUGUUAAUAAAUCUAAUAACGACAAUGAUCUAUUCACAUGAGAGAGACAGAGAGAGAGAGACAGAGACAGACACAGAGAGAGAGACAGAGAGAGAGAGAAAUAUAUGCAGACUUACCUAUAUCAUAUUCGGCCACCUCUUUCGAUUCUUUUUAGGAGCAGCGAGUAGCGGGCUUUUUUUUAUAUUAUUGUUUCCUUUUUUGUGCCCUUGAGCUGCCUCCUUUGUUGUAAAAAAAAACUUAUUAUUAUUGUUAGUAUUAGUGGUCUGUUUAUUUUCUCUUUCCAGUAAUGAUAAGGCUUGUAAUAAUGUUAAUAAAUCUAAUGAUAAUAAUGAUCUUUUCACAUGACGGGAGUAUCAGAAGCAUCAUUUUAUCAUUAUUUUCUGUUUUUCUUUCUAAUAAUAAUAAUAAUGAUGAUAAAAAUGUUGAUAAUUCUACUAAUAAUGUAAUAAUAAUAAUCUUUUCACAUGACGAAAGAGUAUCAGAACCAUCAUUUUCAUCAUUAAUAUUGUUUUCCUUUCCAAUAACAAUAAUAAUGAUUGUAAUAAUGUUGAUAAUUCUACUAAUAAUGAGGACCUAUGGCUAUCUAUGUCUGUAUGAUGUAUAGUGUAUUCAAUAACUCUGAGGAAGAUUCUUAAGUAUAACAUCCAUAAGAAAAUUACACGAUACGAAGAAUAAAGAUUUGUAUUCUC